GUACUGCAGUGUUGUACUGCACAUUCAUUUGCUAAGGAUUUGAAGAGCAUUGGUAAAUUGUAUGGAAUUUUGGUAUGUCCUGGGGGAGAAAUUUCACAUUUGUUUUACGUCCGCUUGAUGAAUGGGAUUUCUGGAUAAAACAACACGCCCUUACUAUUGGGCGACUCUUUCCAACGUACUUCCUUCCUUUAUAUAGUUGUCAUCCCAGCAACUCAUUGCAAGGCUUUUCCAAUCUUGCGGUGAGAAAGGAGGGUAUUAGGCAGGAAAAGCCGUUUUUCUGUAUUAUUAAAAUGCGUUGGAAAACCGCAUAAAUCUGACAUUUUGGUAGGCUUGGCACUGGAACAGAUUUUCAGUGAAGGACAGAAGUCGAUUUUGGGGAACGAAACCUGGAAAACCGGAGGAAAUCGAGUCGUAUUGCUCAAGAUUUUACAGUCGUAAGGGAAAACUAAGUUGCACAUUUCUGGGAAAAAAAAAUAUGGAAUGUGUUCCUCUCUUGGUACAAAGCAAAACCAAACAGACUGAGAGAAUAAUAAAAACUACAAGUUAGCAGUUUGUUCCUCCCCUUGAACUUACCAGAGCAAUUUGCUCAUAAAGGGGGAACAAGUCGAGAAAAAAAAACUUGUGCUCAAAAAAAAAAAACUUUUCCAAAUAUACAAGCCUUCCUUUUUUUCUUAAAUUUUAACUGACAAAUAGAAGUCAAGAUGGAAAUGGAGCAGUACUUGUGGAUGGUGAUCUUGGGAUUCAUUAUCGCAUUCAUCCUGGCCUUUUCUGUGGGUGCGAAUGAUGUGGCCAAUUCCUUUGGGACAGCAGUGGGCUCAGGUGUGGUCACUCUGCGGCAGGCCUGUAUUUUGGCUUCAAUAUUCGAGACCCUGGGCUCUGUCCUGCUUGGGGCAAAAGUGGGAGAGACAAUAAGGAAAGGCAUUAUAGAUGUCAGCCUCUACAACAACACUGUACACGUGCUGAUGGCUGGGGAGGUCAGUGCCAUGGUUGGCUCUGCUGUUUGGCAGCUCAUUGCCUCUUUCCUGAAGCUGCCUAUUUCUGGGACACAUUGCAUUGUGGGUGCCACCAUUGGGUUCUCUAUGGUUGCUAUCGGUACAAAGGGUGUGCAGUGGAUGCAACUAGUCAAGAUUGUUGCCUCUUGGUUCAUUUCUCCUCUGCUGUCUGGGCUCAUGUCAGGGUUCCUGUUCCUAGUCAUUAGAUUCUUCAUUUUGAACAAGGAAGACCCUGUGCCCAAUGGCCUUCGUGCUCUGCCUUUGUUCUAUGCUGCUACUAUAGGAAUUAAUACAUUUUCAAUCAUGUACACUGGAGCUCCACUGCUUGGUCUGGAGCUCCUUCCAGUUUGGGGAAUAGCUCUUAUCACAUUAGCAGGGUCUCUAGUGUGCGCUGCUUUAGUGUGGUUUGUAGUGUGCCCAUGGAUGAGAAGAAAAAUAGCAAGCCGGUUGAAGAAGGAACAUGCCUUAUCAAGAAUAUCAGAUGAGAGUUUAGAUAAGAUCCCAGAAGAAGACAGCCCCGUUUUCAAGGAGUUGCCAGGUGCCAAGGGGACAGAUGAGAGUGUAGUGCCACUGACCAGCAGGGCCACCGAGUCACCAGGGGAACCAGAAAAUCUGACCAAUGGGAGUUCUGUCUUACCUAAUGGAAGAGUAUAUGGCAGGACGCACUCCAUGACCAAUGGGUGUCUGAAGUCUCCCGUCUCGAAUGGCAGCUUCAGUUUUGAUGGGCACAUGCGCAGCGACGGCCACGUCUACCACACGGUGCACAAGGACUCUGGACUGUACAAGGACCUGCUGCACAAGAUCCACCUGGGCCGCAUGGACGACGAGCGUGCCGCCCCGCCUGCAGACAACAACUACCGCCUGCUUCGGCGGAACAACAGCUACACCUGCUACACGGCGGCGAUCUGCGGCAUGCCUGUGCAGCCCGUCUUCCGGUCCUCGGAUUCGGCAGCUCCUGAGGACAGCGAGAAGCUGGUGGCCGACAGCGUCUCCUACUCUAAGAAGCGCAUGCGCUAUGACAGCUACUCCAGCUACUGCAACGCCGUGGCCGAGGCCGAGAUCGAAGCCGAGGAGGGCGGUGUGGAGGUGAAGCUGGCCGCCGACACCCUGCAGACGCCUCCUCCCCCGCUGGAGGAGCCGGUGGACGAGGAUAAGGAGGAAAAGGACAAGCCCCAGAUCUUCCUACUCUUCCACUUUCUGCAGAUCCUCACCGCCUGCUUCGGCUCCUUCGCUCAUGGAGGGAAUGACGUCAGCAAUGCAAUUGGUCCCCUUGUGGCACUGUGGCUAAUUUAUGACCAGGGUGGCGUAAUGCAGGAUGCUGCCACUCCUGUGUGGCUGCUCUUCUAUGGAGGUGUUGGCAUCUGUGCAGGCCUGUGGGUUUGGGGCCGCAGAGUCAUACAGACCAUGGGAAAGGACCUGACGCCCAUUACACCCUCUAGUGGAUUCACUAUUGAACUGGCUUCGGCGCUCACUGUAGUGUUCGCCUCCAAUAUUGGACUUCCUAUCAGUACCACACACUGCAAGGUGGGUUCAGUGGUGGCUGUGGGCUGGAUCCGAUCGAAGAAGGCAGUGGACUGGCGUUUAUUCAGGAACAUCUUCCUGGCAUGGUUCGUGACGGUCCCUGUGGCAGGCCUGUUCAGCGCUGCUGUCAUGGCUAUUUUUGUGUAUGGCAUUCUGCCAUACGUCUGAGCGAGCCCCCCGAAAAAAGAGGAGGCCUCGGAGAGCAUCAAACAAGCCAGAGCUCAUUCAGUUGGACUAGUAGAAACGGGCUGGGGAUCAGAAGCUGUUGUGGAAAUGUCCAGAAUUCAGUUUUUUUUUAAUUUAUUCAUUUAUUUUUCUUCAAGGAUAUGCAACUAGAUAAGAAAGAGGCCCCCCUUUUGUAAUCUUCCAAAUAGCAUCUGCUGUACAUAACACUGAGAGUGUACAUUUUGUGACAUGGUGAUAUGAUGUGCAUUUGAAAAUGUAAUAAAAACUACAUUUAUAUGUAUAUAUAAAUAUACAUAUAUAGAAAUAUAUCUAUACUGACAUAUUAAUGUUUAACACUACCUGAAUCACAGUGAAUAUAAAGCAGAUCUUUCCAAUGGAAUAAUCUUGUAGAUGGAAAAUGUAAAUAAUGUAUAAUUGAGUGGCAUUUUUGUACUAAGGUUUGCUUUAAGAAACUCAAGUGUAAUUGAGCAAAUGCCAUGUCAUUGUGGCAUAUUUAUCAGCGAGGUACUGCUUUUUUUUGGGGGGGGGAGUUGUCAGUUUACUAUAAUAUCAUUUAAUAAUUUUCUCAUAAUUAGAGAUAAUUGGAAAAAACAAGUUUUUAAGAAAGCUUCCAUUACCUUUCCAAAUGGACUUCAUAUUUUUUUAAAAAUGUAAUAUAAUGUAAUUUCUACUGUAAAUACUUUCUUAGAGUAAUUCAAUUUUCAAAACUUGGGGCCAUUAAGUAAUGAAUUAGCUGACAAAUAUCUGUGCCAGUUAGGAUUUCACAAAAACCCGGUCCACAGGGAACUACUGAGCAAGCAUCACAUUGGGGGAAAAAGUCAUUUUUUUAGAGACCAGAAAAAAGGUUUCCCACAUGGAAACUUAUUAUACCAUCAGUGGUGUUCAGUGGUGCAAAAAACCUCUCUCAGUGUGCCAUAUUGCAUUAUACACAGGGACUCUUUGUGCAGAUUUGGAUUUUAAAGUUUUAACAAAAGAAAAACUAUUAUAAAGUUUGAAAUACGAGUUUUAUCAAAUUAAAAUCUGUAUUAUUAAACAUUUGUGUGCAAGAGAAUAAAUUUCACUUUUAAAUUGUUUGACCCAAGAAUGUAACUUAAAGCAGUGUGUGAAAUUCAACUUGUACUCUUUGCUCGAGGUCACAAAACAUUGAAUGAUAAAUGAUACAUCAAAGCACAAUAUUCAUAAAAAAUAUUUUGAAAUAUAUGUCAAUAGCACAGCAACCUGGACAAAACUGAACUACUCUAAAGAAUAUUUAAUAAGUUGAAUCUCUCAUCACAUGACCCAUAAUGUACUGUACUUCAGUGUUACAAGAUUAAAUUUCUUAAUUAAAAA